CUAGUUUCGGAUAGAACAGAUAAAACUGGUUAUGUCUGACACAAAAGUUUGCUAAAGUUUAGGGUUUUAAAUAUCAAAAAUAUGCAACCUUUGAGACAUAGUCGCAGGAUUUGGUGCAUCCCUACAUAACAUAGAAUUGAUGAGAUUAUAUAACGUUUUCUAUUUUUGUUUUUAGAUCGGCAAACAGUUGUGAAAAAAAGUCGUAUACCCAUAUCAAGUGCAAAACAAUAUCGACGUUCACCAUCACCGACAAAAGUUGUUCGAAGAACACCAAAAUCUAUUAAUGAUUUACGUGAACAAGUAGUGGCAAGAAAAUUUUAUUAUUUAUGGCAGAAAAAAGUAUUUGGUACAAUAUUGAAAUCGAUGCGCCAGUAUUAUAAUCAACAUUUAAUGCAAAAACAUUUUAAUAUAUGGAAAAAUGAAUGGUGGGAAACAAGAAAAGAAUGGCGUUUAAUGAUUCGAGCUGAAUAUCAUUAUAAUUUACAUCUGUUAGCAUCCACUUUUCAUACAUGGAAACAAUAUAUCACAGUCGAAUUGAUAGAUACAGGAAAAUACUUGAAAGCAAAACGCUUUGGUAAGGACAUUUAUAUAUUUAUUAUGAAAACAAAUAGCUAUUUUUUAGUUUAA